CAACCUCCUCCAAUGCCACAACGUCAAGACCCAAAGUGUUCAUAAACUUUCGGGGAGAGCAGCUCCGACUCAACUUCGUAAGUCAUUUAGAGAAGGCUUUGGCAGGAGAAGGAAUCAAUGUUUUCACCGACAAUCACGCGACUUUGGGAGACGAUUUGAGCAUAUUUUUCAAGAAGAUCAAGGAGUCGAGCAUUGCGAUCGCAGUCAUCUCAAGCUUGUACUCGAACUCGAAGUGGUGCUUAGAUGAGUUGGCAACGAUCACAGAACGUGUGGAGGUAGGGAAAUUGGUGGUAAUACCAGUGUUCUACAAAGUCCCUGUUCACACGGUUAAGAAUCAGACAGGAACGUUUGGUGAGAAUUUUGAGCUAUUAGUGGGAACAGAUCAUACCAAUGAAAAGAAAUGGAGAACGGCCCUUACGUUUAUAACAAAGAAGAAAGGCGUGAGUAUUCAUGAGAAGAGCAAUGAGGUCGAGGUGAUCGAGACAAUCGUGAGAAAUGUAAAGAUAAAGCUAGAAGAGCACUCAGCAGAUCAAGGAACUAAGAUUCGAAGAGACAAAGCUACUGAAUCGUCCAAGGAAAAAUUAGAAGAAGAUGCUGCUGAGAGUUCUUCUUCAAAAGCGUGUCCUUUAUUUGGGAUCGAAACUCGCCUAGAGCAAUUAGAAGAGAAGUUAGAUUUCAAAUCAAAAGAGGUCACUCGGUUUGUUGGAGUUGUAGGGAUGCGUGGUAUAGGUAAAACCUCUCUUGCCAAGAAACUGUUGGACGAUUGUGGACAUAAGUUCUUGCAUAGGAUGUUUAUAACGGACGUCCGCGAAAAGGCAAACGCUCUUGGCGUCUACAGGGUGCAUGAAGACCUCCUACAUGGUUUACAACAGUACGAUAAAAAAGAGCAAAACAAUACUGAGUUCUCAUUGAAAUCUGCAAAAGAUGCGCUAAGCAAAAGCAAAGUGUUUAUUGUUCUUGACGAUGUGGGUAAACAGAGUCAGAUAGAUGAUAUUCUUGGCGGACGCGAAUGGUUAAGAAACGGGAGCAGGGUUGUCAUAAUAACGAGCAGCAAGGCCGUGGUCAAGGGAAUGGUAGAUGAAACUUAUCUAGUCCCGGGGCUGAGCGACAGGGAUGCAUACAAAUACUUUAAAAAACAUGCGUUCGCCAAUGGUUCUUGCGAGACAAGUUUCAAGAAACUUGCAAGAGAGUUUGUGGAUUACUCUAGGGGGCAUCCAUUAGCUCUCAAAGAAAUUGGUGACGUGCUUCUUAAGAAGGACGAAGCGUACUGGAGAUCAAAGCUUCAGAUGCUUGAAAGAAGCCCGAUCAGCAACAGGAUUCAAGAUGUCUUGAGAAUCUCCUAUGAUGGUCUUAUCAACGAAAAACAUAGAGAAGUGUUCCUCGACGUGGCUUGUUUCUUCAAGUUUGAAGAUGAGUAUCAUGUCAGGAGUUUGUUGGAUUCUUCGGUUGAUGAGAUAAAAGAUCUAGCAGAUAGGUUCUUGAUUAACAUUAGUGGCGGGCGAGUAGAGAUUAAUGAUCUGAUGUAUACACUCGCAAUGGAGCUCGAUUCUCAGUCAUCAUCUAAAGAGAAAAGAAGCAGGCGUAGGCUGGUCAACCAUAGCGAGAUCAUCACUGUUCUCCUAAAUAAAGCAAAAGCAAAAAAGGUCAGAGGAAUUUUCCUAGACAUGUCUGAAUUACCGAAGAAAAUGAGCUUAGGCAGUGACACAUUCAGAGAAAUGGACAAUCUUCGAUACUUGAAAUUCUUCAACUCAAGUUGUCCUAGAGAAUGUGAACCUGACUGCACCCUAAGCUACCCGAACGAACUUAACUUCGAGUUGCAAGAGAUCCGAUAUCUCCAUUGGCUGAGAUUUCCACUGAAGACAUUUCCACCAGAUUUUGACCCGAAGAAUCUUAUCGACCUCAGCCUACCUUACAGUGAUAUUGAGCAAGUUUGGGAAGGAACCCAGGACAUAUCAAAAUUAAAGUGGCUGGAUCUGAAUCAUUCAAGGAAGAUGCACACUUUGUCGGGUUUGUCGCAGGCUCGAAACCUUCAAACUGUGAACCUAGAAGGCUGCACAGAGUUGAAGACCGUUCACAAGGAGCUACAAAACAUGGAAAGUCUCACAUUCUUGAACCUAAGAGGAUGCAAGAGCCUCAAGUCUCUUCCACCAAUGAACUUGAUUUCUCUGAAAACACUCAUCCUCAGCGGCUGCUCAAGUCUUGAGGAAUUCAGAUUCAUUUCAGGGAACCUUGAAGAGUUGUACUUAGAUGGUACUGCGAUAAAAGAACUUCCUUCGGAGAUUGGGGACCUUCAAAGACUAGUCUUGUUGACAUUGAAAGACUGUGUGAAUUUACUGAGUCUCCCAGUAUCUAUCACAGAUCUAAAAGCUCUUCAAAAACUGGUACUCUCAGGCUGCUCAAAGCUUGCGAGUUUUCCAAAGGUUAAAGAGGAGACCUUAAUGCGUUUGAAGACUUUACUACUCGACGGGACAGCCAUAAAAGAGUUGCCUGAUCUUUUGCAUCGCCUUAGUGUUAAUCAAGGCCCAACUUCUUCUUGGUCACGCUACAAUUUGCGCAAAUGGCCGCAUGGAAUCUACGGAUUAUCGUCUGUGCAGCGUUUAUGUCUGAGCAGUAAUGGUUUCAGGAGCUUGCCAAGUAGCAUCAGUUAUCUCUACCACCUCAGAUGGCUUGAUUUGAAGUAUUGUAAAGAACUCAUAUCUCUUCCAAUGCUUCCAUCAAAUCUUCAACUGUUAGACGCACAUGGCUGCACUUCACUUGAAAAGAUUGAGAGCUCGUCGGUUCUUUUGUUGGCAGCAGCAGAGCAGUCUCACUCUACGUUUAUUUUCACUAAUUGUACCAAACUUGAUCAGGUUGCAAAAAAUGGUGUCGUGUCUUACGUUCGGAUGAAGAUACAGUUAAUGCCAGAUGCACGAGCUCACCAAGAAAAGGGCUCAGAACUCGAAGUUUUGAUUAGGAUCUGCUUUCCUGGAUGGCAUUUACCUGUAUGGUUCAAUUAUCGAUCGGUGGGUUCAGAGUUAACGCAAACCCUGCCUCGACACUGGAAUGAAGAUAGGCUUAUUGGUAUAGCUCUUUGCGCUGUUAUCUCUUUCAAGGACAACAAAGCUAAGAAGAAGGACAAGGGAGCUCAGACUAAGGACAACGAAGCUCGGAAUAAGGAAGACCUAGCUCAGAAUAAGGACAACGGAGCUCAGAAUAAGGACGACCAAGCUCAGAACACCCGCCUCCUAGUUAGAUGCAGCAGUGAGCUCAAAGAAGGAGAAAAGCCUUUGGUCCAGUUUAGUUGUGUUCUUGGUGGGUGGACCCAACAUGGCAAGGAUAAAACUCUGAACAUCACUGAGCCUUCUGGUCAUGUCUUUAUUGGAUACACUAGUUUGUUAGAUACCAAGAAGCAGGACAAAGAAGUGGGAUGUGCUGCUACAGAGGCUUCUCUUAAAUUCGAAGUGACUGAUGGAACAAAACAGAUCACAAACUGUGAGGUAAUCAAGUGCGGCUUUACUCUGGUCUAUGCACCCACUAAACCUGUUCAUAGCUUGUGUACUGAAAAACACUUCGACCAUGGCGAGAGAACGUCUGAUACAACGAGCAAUACUGGAGGAAACAUCAACCGUGAAGAAAGUCGUUUCCAGAUCAAGAAUGGAGAAACCUCUGUUUCCUUGGUGGCUUUAAAGAUGGGAAACGAGAUCACAGAGAAAGUAAAGUCUUUUAAAGCUACAGGAAACGUGAAAGACACCCCAAGCGAUGCUAGUUCUGUUGUAGCUCCGUCAAGUAGUAGCGGUAAAGUUCCUUUGGAGGCUAGCUUCAAUGCUACUCCACAGGAAAGAGAGGCUGAUAACAAUACCAUUGGUGGAUCCAUGUCGCCGGGCAGCUUAGAAGGAGGUGAAGUUAUUAAUGAAAAAUCUCCAAAGAGUGAUGAGACCAAGCCAGAAGUUGAAACAUGCUAUUUGAGACAUACAGAUGAUCAGAGUUUAACUAAUGGCGCCAAAAAAUUAUGUGAGAAGUUGGAGAAACCUAUACGGCUUGUUUGUCUUGUGAUCUCCAUUUGCACGGUUGCUGCUUUUGCGCUACCAAAAGAAAAGAGAAGAAGAUGAGAAGAAUGGAAGAAAGUGGAGAAAUCUCGAAAGAUGGAAGAAACCAAUCAACAUGGUGAUAACAGCAUCCAUGGUGUAUCGAUGUUACGUGCGGAUUCUAAAUAGAGUAAAACAAGCUCAUGCGUAUAUGAUGGGCAUGCUCGAGAGAGCUCUAGCUACGAGAGAUUACUUAGUUUCACAGAGAACACAACUACACAAGUGUGCAGAUGCCAAAAACCUAUAGGGCUUCUUUGCCUUUUGAAAGUGAAACACUGAAACCAUCGUGCAAAGCUUAUACAAGGGAGGUGCAACGUGGCGAUCAGCUAGAGAAAGUAGCCAGAUGUUUAGAUGUUAAUGGUAGAAGAAAAUGGAUCGGCUUAAGCAAUGGGCCAAUUAGAAUAUUUUGCAAGCGCGUUAUUUUACUUAUCGAGACAAUAAAUCUCGACCAUUAGAUCGUUUAAUCCGAUGGCCAUAAUUAACGUUUUGGAAGAACCUAGAUCUAUCUCCGGAUAUUUUUGGAAUCUAGAGUAACAUAUAUAAUUUCAUUCCGAGAGCCCAUAUUUCCAAACAUCGGUCAACUUCGAAGUACCAAACACAGUUCCCAUCUUUGCUCAAACAGUUUAUUUCUCUUUCAGAUAAUUUUUUUUGCCCAAACUGUUUCAUAUAUUCUCCUUUUAGAUUUAGAACAGAUUUGCUUACUCCUCGUUUGAUUUUACUAGCAAAUGUGAGUGAGAGACGGAAAAUGUUAUUAUGAAGGUACAAGUCCGUGACAACGCACGUGCUCUUGCCCCUCCUUCGUUGUACACGAUGAACGUGCGGCCGCAACAUCAGGUGUUUGUCAAUUUCCGGGGAGACGAGCUACGUUGCGGUUUCGUCAGCCAUCUCGUGGAAGCUCUUAAGAGGCAUGGUACCAACGUUUUCAUAGACAAAUUCGAAAAGAAAGGCGAAGAUCUCACCAAUCUCUUUGUCAGGAUCGAGGAGUCGACCAUCGCUUUGGUCAUAUUCUCCAGGAGGUACACGGAAUCGACUUGGUGCUUAGACGAGCUCGUGAAGAUCAAGCAACGAGCAGAUCAAGGUUUGCUCAAGGUCAUUCCCAUCUUUUUCAAAGUGGAACCAGUCACCGUGAAACAACUCCGGGGAGCAUUCGGAGAUCAGUUCAGGGAUCGAGUGUGGGAAUAUCGAUGCGAUAAACCCAGAGUCCAGAGAUGGAAGGAGGCUUUAGCAUCUCUCUCUUGCAAGAUUGGUCUGACCUUCAACAAGAAAAGUAAGGAAAGUAAAUUUGUGAGGAUAAUCGUUAACGAGGUCGACAAAAUGAUACGAGGACAAGAGGAUUUUGUUGUCAGUCCAUCUUCCCGCACAAGAGAGGGCGAUGUUGUGCGCGAAAACUCUAACAUUGCGAACCAGAUUCAAGUGGUUUCUAAGGGUUAUAUGGAACUCGAAAGCGAGAACAGCGUUCUACGGGCUCAGAUCGUUGACCUAAGGGAGAGGCUGCAAGCACAGAACUCUAUCAUUGACAUAAUGGAAGGAGCUAUGGGAGAGGUUUAUACAGUCCCUGAUUUAGUGGAAGGAGUUAUGGGAGAGGUUUAUACAGUCCCUCAUUUCUUGACGAACCCUUGGCAGAUGUCUUACUCUUCACAGCCAACAUUGUCUCCCGCUGAUACUUUUUACUUCUAACAUUUAACACUACAAGAAAUGAUGAACAUAGUUACAGAAAUUUUUGUAACUAUGUUAAAAAAUCUGUAGCUAUGUAUCGGUUGCUACAAAUUAGUUUCAAAAUCAUUUUCGUAACUAUGUGAUUAUAGCAAAUAUUGUAUUGUAACAAGUUGAAGCAAAAAUGCUACAAAUUGGAGACAAAAUAAUAUCGUAACAAUUUG